AGUCAGGACAGCAGCCGGCGGCAGAAAAGGGUGGGCAGAAGACUUCGGGACGCCAGACGAAGCCCUGGACAGCUAGGCCGGGCCUGAUGGCUGGGCGGGCCCGGGAGGGAGGGACGGCCCUCCACCUCCAGGCCCGCCCUGCGCCACACCCGACCCCGCCAGCUCUUGACUAACGGACCGCAGCGCCCGCCUCCGCCCGCCAGCCCUCACCUCGCCCCGACGGCGGCCUCCGGGAGUCGGCGCCCUCCCGCCGCGCCACCUUCCUCCUUCUCCGCAACCUUAGCCCACCCGGCGAACCUGGCCCGGGUCACCGGCGGCCCAGGCGCAGGUAGGCGGUGAUGCGCAUGCGCGAGUCUUGAAACACCACCCCACGCCCUCAUUCGCUGCUGCUGAGCAACACCCAAACCCGAACCGACCAAUCCUGGUGCGCCCACACUGCCUGGUCCCGGCGGAGUCUUGAAUGAAGCGGUUCUUAAAGGACUGCGACCGAAAUGUAGAUGGGGCGUGGCUGGGGCGCGCCUCCCAACUUUCCUCACAUCUCUCGGCUCUCAUCCGCGUGGAUUUGAGUUCCAAGCCUGUACUUCCCACGUCCGGAGGUGAGAGAAGUUUUGCAGUUUAAGCUCAGUUCCUGCCGGGGUAGCGAACGGACUGACGUGUGGAGGCGGGGAGGUUCCGCGUGACGCCGCGACACGCCCGGGGCGUGGGUUCAGUUGUCUGCUUGGCGGGAGGCCCGAGAUAGGCAAACCAAAGAGCACAGCCACCUGCCAGCCUGGAUGAGAUGCCAAAGUCCGACCCCCAGGAACACACCCCAGUCUGGGGGCGGACGUACUCACAGACGGAUGACCGGCUAAAGGGAGAUUGGGAAGGAGUAUGCAUCCGUUUAUUCAUUCAACAAUUUUUGAGCACCUAUUGCGAACCAGACACUAUGCCGGGCACUGUGGACACAGCGAGUAACUCCUGACAGUAAAAACUAUGCUAGGAGAGCAGAGUGAGAGCACCCAUCCCACAAUACACAGCACAUGUUUAAAUACAAACCGAGCUAUGUGCUCUUCCGAGAGGAGCACGGGUUUUGAAAGAAUUUACCGGAGCUUCAGGUCUGGACUUGGGGGUUCAAGGAGGCUUCCCUGAGAACGGGAAGGGAAGAAGAGUGUUUCAGACAGAGAGAUGUAUAAAGAACUCUGUGCGGACUGCAGCAGGGCUCCUUGAAGGAUGAAAACCAACACUGGAUGGGGUUUGGCUUGGCAGAAGGCAAUGCCCAGGGUUCAGGCUCCAGACGCAGGCCUGGAGGCACCAGAGUGGUGUUGAAAGAGGUGGGAGGACCCAAUCAACGUCGAGAGCGUAGGCCCACUUAUCGUGGGUCUUUGCUGCAGCCGUAGGGCGUCUAGGGCUGCUGGUCAGCUCUGGUCUAGACGCGCGGGGGUCUGCAAGGCGUGAGGACGCCUUCCAACCUGGCUUCCCGGGAUGUCGGUGGCCUUCGUGCCGGACUGGCUGAGAGGCAAGGCGGAAGUCAAUCAGGAGACGAUCCAGCGGCUCCUGGAGGAGAAUGAUCAGUUGAUCCGCUGUAUUGUGGAAUAUCAGAACAAAGGCCGGGCGAAUGAAUGCGUCCAGUACCAGCAUGUGUUACACAGAAAUCUCAUUUAUUUGGCCACCAUCGCAGACGCCAACCCAACCAGCGCUUCGAAAGCAAUGGAAUAAUCUUCCAGUUGGCUGUUGUGAGGAGUAAUCAAAUGUAAUCUAUUUCCUAGGAAAUGGAGGCAGGAGUCUUACCAACUCAACUGCUUAGAAGGUGAAUGGAACCUCUGUGGCUCGAAAAUGCAAAGAAAGCUACUAAAUUAACCGUAUUCUCAGAGAGAAUAAAUAUUUAUUUUAAUAAUUAAGCGGAUUCGCUCAAUUAAGUUGACUCCAGGUGUCCUCCUUCCUGAAAUAAGUGUGUUUGGACAUCAGGGGCAUCUUCGAGUCUACCUUUUCAGUUUCAACCUGAAGAGGAAACUGAGCAGGUAUUGGGCGAGACUCCCGACUGAGACCCUGCCAAUGGACAUGUAACUGUGUGCUCCCUCCUACCAGUUUGUGGUUGUGGACCCCCUGACUGCUCUUUUCAGGUUGCUUUGAAAUAAAGCUUGCCUUUCCACAAAAGAC